AUGAUCAACAACGUCUGGGACAAGUCUGCGCGGGCGCAAAGGGGCCGCGAGCAGGAGACGGAGCUCCUCCCAAGGACCGAGCAGGAUGGCCGCGACUGGCGCGAGGGCGACGACGAGAAGCAGCAAAAGGCCCAGGGCGCGGACUCGAGGAGGAACAGGGACAAGAUCAGGUCUCUCGACGGUCUCCGCGGUAUCGCCUGUCUAAUCGUCUUCAACUACCACUUUUUCUGGCCAUGGACGCCCUUCAUCAUGCUGGGAAACGGCGCGUUUCCCCCAGGAGCCCCUGAGCCCUACGUUGGAUGGCACCAAUUGCCCAUCAUCUGCUUGCUGCAUCGCGGUCGGCCCAUGGUCGCCAUCUUCUUCGCCAUAUCCGGUUUUGUGCUCUGCAGGCAUAUCUUGAGAGCCAUUCACGAACGGCGUGUCGAGGCCGCCUACAAGAGCCUCGCAUCGUCCGUCCUGAGGCGCGUGUUCCGUCUCUACAUCCCGCCCACCAUCAGCAUGGCCUUGGUGGCCCUGCUGGCUCAGAUGGGCGCCUUCAAGUCCGAGAACGCCAUCUUCAAGGGGCCUGAUUCGGCCUACAUCAACGGCACCGUCACCUUUGCCCACCCUCAGCUCGGCGAGUCCUGCAUCAACGGAACCGUUGCCGCCGCCGGCCCCAAGAGCGUCGCCAAAUACCUCCACCUCCAAACCCCGCUAACCCUGGGUAACCUAACAAACUUGACCGCAUCAUCAGACCAGCUCUGCUUGAACAAGACGUCCCAGCUCUUCAUGCCAGCCAUGCUCUACAGCUUCGUCGACAGUCUCGAGGUGGACCUCAAGCCGGAGAACAAAUCAGCAAACGCCACCCUCAAGCAGAUGGAAUCCACCAAGCCGCGGCCCCGCGAGGAGAAGACUGGGGGUGGACACCUGGAGAAGAUCUGGGGAAAACACAGGUCAUCCACCCAGGAGCAGGCCGAGAAGGACAUGGCCGAGGCCGCAAAGGCCAAGAACCUCACCACCACCCACAACAUCACCUGGGUCCAGAUGGGCGGCUCGUGGGAGGAGCACCCCAUCAUCCACGACAACAUGACCUACGCCAUCAAGAACUUUACCAGAGUCUACGCGGAGUGGGCGAACCCUUUUAACUUUGGCCACUACCACACCCGCUACGACCCUCACACCUUCACCAUCCCCAUGGAGCUCCGCGGUUCCAUGUUCAUCUACCUGUUCCUGCUCGGCACGGCGGCCAUCAAGGCGAAGUGGAGGAUGGGCAUCGGCAGCUUCCUCUCCGUCUACAGCUUGAUCUUCGGACGCUGGGACAUGGCUGCCUUCAUGGGUGGGAUGGUGUUCUCCGAGAUCGACAUCCGACGUACGUCUGAUACCCACGACGGCUCGCUCGGGUACCCCGGCAAGAGCGACCCCCGAGGCCGCCGAGCAACCCUCCUGCAGAGAGUCAUCUCCGCAACAGCAACCCGUUGGAUCACGAUGUUCGUGGCACUCUACUUCCUUUCCUAUCCCGACGCCUCGGCCGAAUGGACCCCAGGUUUCGUUCUCCUUUCCUCUCUUGUGCCCCGCUACUACAUCCCCCUAUCCGGCUGGAUGUUCUACCAGUCCAUGGGAGCAAUCCUCCUGCUCCCGUGCAUCCUACGCAGCCCCGUCCUCGUCCGCCUCCUGGAAGGACAGGUGGCGCAGUAUCUGGGCAGGAUCAGCUUCUCGCUGUACCUCGUCCACGGCCCCGUGCUUCACAGCCUGGGCUUCUGGCUCAUGCCGAGGCUCUUCGAGAAUUUUGGCCGCGCACAGGGCUACGUCCUUGGCUGGAUCAUUCUGAUGAGCGUAACAUUAUAUCUGACGAACUUAUGGAACAAGAAGAUUGACGGCUGGAGCACGACCGUCGGCAGAAGGGUAGAGAAGGCGCUGAUCGACUCGGCGUAG